AUGUCUAGUCCACCUUCACCUAGAACAGCAGCUAUGGCUAUUCAAAUGAGAGCCAUGCGUGACCAUUUUGAGAGAUUGUUAAGAGAACAAGGUGAACAAUUCCAACAAAAAUUUGAUGAGUUAGAAAGGAGGUCUAAUGAUGGUAGUGGUGAUGAGGAGGAAAGAAGGCGUAGGAGGAGACAAGGGAGAGAUCCUUUGAGGGGCAUAAAAAUUAAAGUUCCAUCUUUUGUUGGGAAGAGUGAUCCGGAGGCGUAUCUAGAAUGGGAGACUAAAAUUGAGCAAAUUUUUAAUUGUCACAAUUAUUCUGAUGUUGAAAAAGUGCAGGUUGCUUCCAUUGAGUUCAAGGAGUAUGCUUUAGUGUGGUGGGAUCAAUUGAUCAAAGAUAGAAGGAGGUAUGAUGAACGACCAAUUGAUACUUGGGAAGAGAUGAAGAGAAUCAUGAGGAGAAGGUUUGUUCCUUCCUAUUAUCAUAGGGAUUUACACAACAAAUUGCAAAGACUCACUCAAGGUUCUAAAAGUGUUGAAGAAUAUUUCAAGGAGAUGGAAGUUGCCAAAAUUAGAGCUAAUGUGGAGGAGGACAAUGAAGCAACCAUGGCUAGGUUUCUUCAUGGUCUAAAUCGUGACAUUAGUGACAUAGUGGAACUUCAUCACUAUGUUGAAAUGGAUGAAUUGGUACACCAAGCUAUCAAAGUGGAACAACAACUCAAAAGAAAGAGCCAAGCAAGGAGAAGUUCCACCAAUUUCAAUUCUCCAAAUUUGAAAGACAAUGAGGGUGCUUCAUCUUCAUCAUCUACGGAGCCCAUAGUUGAAAACAAAGGUAAAGCUAUUGCACCUUCUCAAAGUGUUUCAACUAACAAAAAGGUUACAUGUUUCAAGUGUCAAGGCAAAGGGCAUAUUGCAUCUGAAUGUCCAACAAAGAGAACUAUGCUUAUGGAGGAAAAUGAAGAAGAGGAGGAAGGUAAUAAGGAUGUUGAAGAGAAUGAUGAAGAAGAAGAAGAAAUACCUAGUGGAGAGUUACUCAUGGUGAGGAGAAUGUUGUGGAACUUGGUCAAAGAAGAAGACACCACUCAAAGAGAAAACCUUUUUCACACAAGAUGCCUAGUCCAAAAAAAGGUAUGUUCUUUAAUUAUUGAUGGUGGGAGUUGUACCAAUGUGGCUAGUACUCGUUUAGUGUCGAAACUUAAUUUAGAAACAAAACCUCACCCUAAGCCAUAUAAACUUCAAUGGCUUAAUGAAAGUGUUGAAAUUGUUGUUAAUAGACAAGUUGAGGUUUGUUUUACAAUUGGGAAAUAUGAGGAUGUUGUGUUGUGUGAUGUAGUACCUAUGGAGGCUAGUCAUUUGUUGUUAGGAAGACCUUGGCAAUUUGACAAGAAGGAAUUUGAAGACAUGUUUCCAAAGGAGGUACCAAGUGAUUUACCACCUAUAAUAGGAAUUGAGCAUCACAAUGACCUCAAUCUAAGACCAUCCAUGUCAACCCGGCCAACUUACCGAAUCAAUCAACCACAAACUAAAGAAUCACAAAAACAAGUGGUUGAAUUUGUGAGAAAAUUGCAUGAGCAAGUGAAAAUGAAAAAUGGAGAGAAAAUUGAAAUUUAUGCAAAAAAGGCUAACAAAGGAUGGAUGGUGGUUGUUUUUGAUCCCGGGAAUUGGAUUCGAGUACAAAUGAAAACAGAAUUAUUGAAAUCACAAAAGAAGUCCAAACUUAAGGGUGAAGAAUUGUUCAAUUCGAGGUCGAAUUCUCUUCAAGAAGGAGGGAAUGAUGAGGACAUAAACCAAGACAUAAGUGAUGCAAUCCAAAGCUUAGGAGGUCCUAUGAAAAGGGCUUGUGCAAGAAGAAUCAAUGAUGUCUUAGUUCACUUCAUGAUCAAAUCCAUAGAAGGUCCGGCCCAAGUUGAUGAAGGCUUGGCCCAAAUUGAAGAAAAAGAACCAAAGUUGAAGAUUAUCAUCCAAGCAUGGAUAGUGGAAAAUAAAGAGCUCCUCCACUAA